CUACAUGCCAAGUUAGAUCUAGACCGAUAAUCUUCGACGUUCGAUAUAUGUCUCGAUACCCUUACACCCGUUUAUUUUCGCAGUUGGAGCACUCCGUCGUCAUCGCAGGACCUCAUAUACAAGUCCUUGACACCAGCACGGGCGAUAUUCUGCAUUCAACCGCGAAAUGUGAGGAAGAUCAAAUCGUCCUCACAUCAGGACCCAUCCGUUGUGCCGCAUUGAGUAGUUGCGGAAAAUAUCUCGCAACUUCAGGAGAUGAUAAAAAACUAAAGACCUGGGAAGUUGAUGGUUUAAAACUCCUCAGCUCAAGAGAGAUGCCGAAGAAGCCAACAUGUAUCAAUUUUGCGCAUAGCAACGACAUACUCGUUGCAGACAAGUUCGGCGACAUAUUCCGUUAUCGGCUGCACCCAAACUCAGACGAAUCGUCCAGUGGGUAUACGCGCGACGCAUUGGCAUCUCAUGAAAACCCCUCUGGCGGGGAACUCAUUCUUGGUCACGCUUCCCUCCUGACUACAUUUCAGCUGACCGCUGACGAGCAGUACAUCGUGACUGCCGAUAGGGAUGAACACAUCAGAGUCAGCUGGUACCCACAAGGAUACACGAUCGAGAGCUAUUGCCUCGGUCAUCAAAAAUAUGUUUCUGCAAUCCACAUUCCUUCAUUUUCUCCCGGGACGCUCAUCUCUGGUGGUGGCGAUUCCGUGUUAAAACUUUGGGAUUGGAUGAGCGGGAAACUACUACGUAACAUUGAUGUAUUUUCUGCUGUUCAGCCCUUCAUUGUGGUGAAGCCGCCUAAAAAGAAGAGGGAGUGGAAGGAUGAAGACGAAGAUGUGGAGCCUACCGGAAGAAAAAGAGGACGAAGAAAAGGCAAAAAGAAACUCAAAGGAACACCAAGUGUUGACGACAGGGACGCAGAAGAAAGUCAAGACAAAGCGUCGACAGAGGAAAGCGAACUCGUGUUUGUGGUGCACAAGGUGGCAUCUGUUGCCUCACUUGGGCAAAGAAUCGUGUUCAGCGUAGUCGGGGCCACUGCUCUCUUCUGGCUUUUAAUGGACGACGGCCCCGACCCUUGUAUACGGCACGAGCCAUUCUAUAAACCUGUCAUUGACUUCACCCUGGGGGAUGAUGGGUCUGUUUGUGUUUUACUUGAUGCUGAUUGGUCCUCACAAGGAAGCCGGAGUGGUAAGGGAAAAGGAGGUGACUCAAAUUUGGUCGAAGUACGACGGUGGACAUCAGAUAAUUUCACUACAACCCAUCCUGCGCCCUUGGCCUCGGCACUUAACUCCUGCACCCUGCCCGCUACUCAAGUGGAUCUCAAGACUCUGGACUUGUACUCAGAUCUCUUGGCACUUCCCAAGAAUGUCGAAGCAGAAGCUGAGGACAGGACCGAGGACCUGUCUGAGAUGGCUGUCGAUGAUACCGCAACUGCAGAUGGUAGAUCAGACGAUAAGGACAUUACCAAGAGAGGAUUAGGAAGAUUGAAGCAUAAGCAAGCUCUGCGGCGUUUGCAGGAGGGAGGUCACGGAGAAAGUCUGGAUUUCGAGCCACUGGCAAGCCCUGGAGUAGGAGACACCCUUGUGCCCGGUGAUGUAGGCACGGCAUAAACCCGAACCUUCGGGCUGGUCAUGCACGUUUGCUACCAUUUGUACCGACAUCCCAGUAAACAUGGGAUUUACAAUUGCGCUUUCGGGUUCGUCGGUAGGAGCAAAUAUGUAACCGCUGCGCUUGGGCGCACGUUCAGUAUACCAUCCGUUUGUUUGUGUUGUCCUUAUUUGCGUUGACUUGCUCGAUAUGUGCUUAUUAGCCUAAGCUCGUUGUGCCUUCGGCACAGGAAGCAAGCAGAGCGCUCUGCUGGGGGGCACCUUCGGUGCCUUGCCUCACUGUGUCUUCAACACAGGUUGACUACUUAUUAUUUAGUUGUGUGAAAUCAAUAAUUUUUUACAUCUU